AGUCGAGGCGGCUUCGCGCAAGCACUCCCCUCUUUCUUUUGGUUUCUUAAAGCUCAUUUACACUGCUUGCGUUUGUGUUUUCUUCUACUUCAGCUACUCAUACAAAUACCAUCGCAUAUUGCCUCCUUUCUAUUCAACAACUUUCCCUUUCAAGCUGUCCCCACGUUUGUGGUGCUGCGCAUCUGCACAAAGCAACGAAAAACACAGCUUCUUCACUCUCUACCGAGCGACGCUGUUCUUUACGGUGUAUUUUUUCUUCUUCUUCUACGCAUCCCAAGCAAAGCGGUACCUGCCUUACAUGCUUCUCUCCUCUCAGGUCGCCGUGAGACACCAGCCAGAACCAUCGCUGUCAUUGAGAUGAAUCUGUGGCUUAUUAUUGUGCCUUGUUUCUUCGGUGUGAUCAUCUUGGUCAUUACCCUUGUGUGCUGCCUGUGCGCCUGCUCUCCACACCGCGAGAGUCCAGAGGAGGGCACGGUGCAGGUGAUUCAGGUGGUUUUGUAUCCCGACGGCACCGCGCGCAACCCCGCCAACGACAACCCGGCUGACCCAAACCACGAAGUGAGAAACGGCGGUAACGCAAAGGUCCAAAUUCGUAUCUUCAACGAGCGUUCCUUGCAGUAUCGCUACUACCCACUCCACACGGGUGAGCAGGGACCGGUAACGGCAGCGGUGGAAGGCAGCGCACCGACUCGUGCUGUGGAGCCGUGCAUGGGUGUCGUGAUGCCCGGGGCGGAGGACAGAAACGAUAGAAAUACACGCGGUGCGCGGGAGCCGAUUACAUACGGAGAAGCGGAAUAUGUGUCCUGUGUCGACGGCGCCGUGCCACGCGCCACAUCGUCUGAAAAGUAA